UAUAGUAGUAAUAUUGUCUCCAAAAAAAUAUGAGGAGAUUAAUAUCAUCUCUUGCAUUAUUAUUAAUUUAUUUUUUCAUAUUUAGAAAAGCCGCAGCGGCAGAUACUCGAAAGGCAUUCGCCUGCGAUCCUUCCAAUUCCAACACCAAGCACUUUCCGUUUUGCAAAACCGGUUUGUCGGCGGCGAAGAGAGCCGAGGAUUUGAUCGGACGGUUGACAUUGCAGGAGAAGGUGAAGCUUCUCGUGAACAAUGCCGCGGCCAUGCCGAGGCUGGGGAUCUCGGGGUACGAGUGGUGGUCGGAGGGGCUUCACGGCGUCUCCAAUGUGGGGCCCGGGACCAAAUUCGGGGGCGAAUUCCCCGGCGCCACCAGCUUCCCGCAGGUCAUCACCACCGCAGCCUCUUUUAAUACUUCCUUAUGGGAACAGAUCGGAAAGGUGGUGUCGGACGAGGCCCGGGCAAUGUACAACGGGGGGCAAGCGGGCCUAACGUAUUGGAGCCCCAACGUAAACAUAUUCCGCGAUCCAAGGUGGGGCCGUGGACAGGAGACUCCCGGUGAAGAUCCUGUCGUUGCUGGUAGAUACGCGGCCAGCUAUGUCAAAGGUUUACAAGGUAACAACCGCAACGACCGCUUGAAGGUCGCCGCCUCUUGCAAGCACUACACCGCCUACGAUCUUGAUAAUUGGAAUGGCGUCGAUCGAUUCCAUUUCAAUGCUUUGGUGAGUGUGCAGGACAUGGAAGACACAUUUAACAUUCCAUUUCGAAGUUGUGUAAGAGAAGGCAAAGUUGCAAGCGUUAUGUGUUCUUACAAUCAAGUCAAUGGCGUUCCUGCUUGUGCCGAUCCUAAGCUUCUCCGCAAAACUAUUCGAGCCGCAUGGGGUUUACAGGGCUACAUCGUUUCGGAUUGUGAUUCUGUUGGAGUAUUCUUUAAUACUCAGCAUUACACAAGUACGCCGGAAGAAGCCGCAGCCGCCGCCAUCAAAGCAGGUCUGGAUUUGGAUUGUGGGCCUUUUCUUGCUACACACACGGAAAAUGCGGUGGCGAAAGGGCUGUUGAAAGAGGCGGAUGUUGAUGUUGCGCUCACCAACACCAUCUCAGUACAAAUGAGGCUGGGAAUGUUCGACGGUGGGCUGUCUUCGCAGCCUUAUGGCAGGCUUGGCCCUAAAGAUGUUUGCAGCGCGAGCCACCAGGAGCUCGCGCUGCUAGCUGCAAGACUGGGUAUCGUUUUGUUGAAAAACGAUGGCCCAGUCCUCCCUCUCUCUCAACAACAGUUGGGCUCUGUAGCUGUGAUUGGACCUAACUCGGAUGCAACUAAGACAAUGAUUGGGAAUUAUGCUGGUGUUCCAUGUGGAUAUACAAGUCCUUUGCAAGGAAUACGCAAGUAUACAAGGACGGUACACAAUGAGGGUUGUGAUGGUGUGGCAUGUGACAAGGACGACUUAUUUAGUGGAGCGAUUGAGGCGGCCAGCAAGGCAGAUGCGACUAUUUUGGUGAUGGGACUUGACCAAUCUAUUGAGGCCGAGUUUGUUGAUAGGGAGGGGCUCUUGCUGCCUGGGAGGCAACAAGAGCUCGUGACUAAGGUUGCCUCGGCCUCCAAGGGUCCCACCAUUUUGGUGUUGCUGAGUGGCGGGCCCGUGGAUGUUUCAUUUGCCCAAAAUGAUGCACGGAUUGGGGCAAUUCUAUGGGCUGGCUAUCCAGGGCAGGCUGGAGGUGCCGCGAUUGCUGAUGUUAUUUUUGGGGCGCACAAUCCGGGUGGGAGGCUUCCGAUGACAUGGUACCCUCAAGAGUACCUCAACAACUUGCCUAUGACAACAAUGGACAUGAGGGCUAACCCUUCGAAAAACUAUCCGGGAAGGACUUAUCGAUUCUACAAAGGACCAGUCGUCUAUCCUUAUGGGCACGGUUUGAGCUACACGAGCUUCAAGCACACCAUUGCCAAGGCACCAAAAGUGUUCUCGGUCCCAAUGGGAGGCGGCCAUCGAGCCAACUCCACGUUUUCGGAUAAGUUAGUCCGAGUGGCUCAUGCCAGUUGCAAGAGCCUCACACUCAAGGUCCAUGUGGAAGUGGAGAAUGUGGGGUCCAGAGAUGGGACCCACACAUUGCUCAUGUUUGCAUCUCCACCAGGAGAUGAUUGGGCACCCCAAAAGCAACUUGUUGGUUUCCAAACAAUGGGCAUUCCUAGUGGAGGGAAGCAACGAGUUGUUAUGAGUGUCGGAAUUUGUAAACAUCUUAGCGUGGUGGAUAGUGGAGGCGUCCGCCGGAUUCCCAUGGGAGAGCAUGGACUUUAUAUUGGCGAUGCUACACAUACUGUGUCUCUUCAGCCUCGUAGAAUCUAGGAUUGAUCAAAUCGUGAUUAUCAUUUUAUUUAUUAACCUAGGAUUAAUGUUUGGCAUCUAAAUCCGCUCUAUUUUAACUGCUCAAUAUUUUUAUUAUUUUGUGAAAUCAAAGAUUUGACAUGUUAAAAUCUGAAUCAAUAGUAGUAGUAUAGUUCAAUGUAACAAUAUUUGGAAGGCGUGAAUCUUCAAGAUCCAUUUAUUUCUAUC